AUGUUGUUGCUGCUGCUACUGCUACUACUACUACUACUGCGCCACAAAAUGAGACUGGCAAGUUUGGAGCUGAUGUUAGUUAGUGGCGGUGGCGGUGGUGGUGAUGUUGGUGACGAGAAAUGGCGACCGAACGAACCAUAUAAACUGAGUCAAGCUCUCAUCACCAUCACUAUCAUCAACAUCACAUCACCACUACCACCAACCAUCACCGCCACCUCCAUCGCUACCACCACCACCGCCAGCAACCAAGCAGGACGGAAUACUCAAGCGUUACAGACAGCACCCCUUCUCUACUGA